UCAGCUGGAAAUUAUUGGACGAGGCAACUUUUGACUUUCAUCCGAAAGCGAUCAAAUUUUUCUUCAAAUAUUCGCUGUUUUCUGCGCGCAAAUGGCUUCUUCUGAUGUGGUUCGACAGAUGGACAAGAACGCCCGUCCUCUGGCUCUAUCGGGACAUGUUGGGUUCGACAGUCUGCCGGAUCAACUCGUCAACAAGUCCACUAGUCAGGGAUUCUGCUUCAACAUCUUGUGCAUCGGAGAAACUGGGAUCGGUAAAUCCACGCUGAUGGACACUCUUUUCAACACCAAUUUUGAGAAUUUCGAGUCGUCCCAUUUUGAGCCGAAGGUGAAGUUGCGAGCGCAGACGUACGAUCUUCAGGAGAGCAACGUUCGUCUGAAGCUCACCGUGGUUAAUACUGUCGGCUUCGGCGAUCAGAUGAACAAACAACAGAGGAGGAGUAGCAUUCAGAAAUGUAGUCUAAGAAGAAUAAUAAUAAAAAGCUUAAAUAGCAGAUCAGUAGGUUGGCUUUCUCAGGCUAACCUAAUAACGUGCACGAUCAUGCUCUUCCAGGGCCAUCUUCCGUUCGCUGUGGUGGGCAGUACAGAGGAGGUGAGCAUCGGGAACAAGAUGGUGAAGGCGAGGCAGUAUCCCUGGGGCGUUGUGCAGGUGGAGAACGAGAACCACUGCGACUUCGUGAAGCUGCGCGAGAUGCUGAUCUGCGUGAACACGGAGGAUCUGCGCGAGCAGACGCACACGCGGCACUACGAGCUCUACAGACGCUGCAAGCUGGAGGAGAUGGGCUUCAGAGACACCGACCCCGAGUGCAAGCCCGUCAGAUUUCUGCUCGGCUUCUCAAAACAGAGAAAGAAUGGAAUCUCGGCUAAUAACGAGACCCUUCAGAGCCGCACUCAUUCAGAGAAGGAGAGUCUGAAACAUGCACAAAUAUCUUGCAUGCAUACCAUGCAGUCUUCUCAGCUGUCUGCAUGCGUGUGUACAGUAAACUCUGUGUGUGUGCUCCAGCUGCAGGGCAAGUUCGAGCAGCUGAAGCGAAUGCAUGCGGAAGAGAAGAGCAAGCUGGAGGAGAAGCGCCGGAGUCUGGAGGAGGAGAUGAGCAUCUUCAGCAAGCGCAGAGCUGCCAGCGAGCUCCUGCAGGCGCAGGCCUUCAACACCAGCUCCAACAAUAAGAAGGACAAAGACCGCAAGAACUCUGGGUUCAUGUGAAGGCGAGGCAGAAACACACAGCAGUGUUAGAAAUCUACAUCGCACCAGCAUUACGGUACUGAAUCACGGACACCUUUGAAGAACAGCACACCACUUCACUUUGGGGCCUAAAAACAAAUCAUUUCUUAUGAGCACGAUGCAGAUGUUUAUCACAGAAUAUGCUCGUUUGAGAACAUGUUAAUCUACUAUUUUUACUGGUAAGCGUAUGAUUAUUCUGCUGGGGACUUGUGUUUUUAUGGUUGUGGGGGGCUAAAAACAUUAAUCAGAAAUAUACUAUAGUAGUUUACCACAAAUAUGUUUACCUUAUUGCAUUUAUUUUCCACAUUUUAUACUCAUGUAUUUAAACAGUGUUAUUU